GUUUAUUAUUCCAAUUUGAAAAGUGAAAACCCUAUCAUCUUCCAAGACACAUUCUUUCUCUCUGCUUGCUGUGUAAUUCGAGCUUCAGAUGGAGAUUCCGACCCAGAUUCAACUCCCCGAACACAUGGCGGCUUCUUCAUCUUCGCCUCAACCACCACCACAACCACCCACUUCUUCCUCUCUCGUUCAACAUGUGUCUCCAUCUUCCUCUCCUCUUCCUCAACACCUAAGGUACAAAAAUCGCUUACAAGAAUUUGCUCAGAGAUCAAAUAUACCCCUUCCUGGGUAUCAAACGACUAAUGAAGGGACUCCACAUGCACCAAAGUUUAGGGCAACUGUGUGCGUGGAUGGUACAAGCUAUACCUCUCAAGUGACUUUCUCUCAGAGAAAGGCUGCUGAACAAGAUGCAGCGAGAAUAGCACUGGAGAGCCUGAAUGAAAAGAUUAAAGACGAUAGAUGCCCUCUUGUUUCUGAGAAUACUUCGAUUUCCAAGUCUAUCAUGAAUGAAUAUGCCACAAAGCUAAAUGUAGAAAGGCCUACUUACAAUACUGUUCAACUAGAAGGGUUGCUUCCUCGCUUUAUGUCUUUUGUGAUCUUCAAUGGUACAAAAUACUCUAGUGUUAUUGGAAAAAACAAAAAAGAGGCCGAGCAGUUAGCAGCACGUGCUGCUAUUCUUUCCGUUCUUGCAGGUGAUUCUAGCUCAACAACACUGUAUGAGAUAAUAAGAUCAAAAUCUAGUUUUUAUGGAAUAGCAAAACCAAAUGAAUCCCAAGUUACUAAUGGAAGCAUCGUCUUACCCAUAGGAACUACAGAAUAUGCUUCUGACUUACAGGAUCAUAAAGAUAAAGAGGUUCCUAUGGCCACUAAUAAUGGUGAGAAGAGAAUUGAUGUUGUUCCUGCUUCGUCCAAUAUGCUUUCAUCAUCUCAAGAGCUUCAGAUGCCCAUACAUGUACCAUGUGUUGAGGGCCCUUGUCCUCCAAAAAGUUCCUCUCUUCAGCCAGGAGGUUCAGAAUUGGGUCAGCUGGCUGCUAGUGAUGCUUCCAAUUCCGGUUCAAAGAGGCGAAAGAACAAGAAGAAGGCAAAUAAGAGGGCUCGGUUGGAAUCCAUGUUACCAAGUGCAGCAGAUCCUUGUUCAGUAGCACAAUGACAAUGAGGGAACGAUCAAACUAUUCUAUGGAGUUAAAUGUCUAACUUAGUUCUUGGGUAGAAUCCUUGUUAGUAUUAUAAACAUGAAGUAGUUUUUUUCUUUUGGAAAAGGCAUUCCAACUUGUGUGUAUAUUUAGUGGAGAUACUGAUCUUGUAUUUUUAUUUCUGUCAAACUGAGUUGCAAUUAGGUUUGUCAUUAGCUCUACUUAUUGUAUGCAACAACAGAUGCUUGGAGGUUGUAAUGAAUAUGAUUAGUUUGGCAUGAUGAGUUAGGUUUAGGUUAAA